AGAAUAACCCGUAACCACUAACCACGACCUCCAUUCAUCCUUCGUGAUCUUCUAGUGGAGAUUUUAACAUCUUUCCCACAAGAAUUCAACAAAUUUAACUCAUAAAACCUUCUUAAACGGUUAAUAUAAGUGUUUCAAUAAGCAUUUAAGUGUAAUAAUCGUAAGUGUAAGUGAAAAUGGCGUUAAAAUCCCCACCGGUUCUCUUUGGAUUGCUUGCUCGCAUAUCUCGGCGUAGUUUUUCCUCAUCGAAGACUUUAUCAUCAAAGCAAGUUACUGUACGAGAUGCCUUAAACCAGGCCAUUGACGAAGAGAUGGAAAGAGAUGACAAAGUAUUUGUCUUAGGUGAAGAAGUAGCUCAAUAUGAUGGUGCUUAUAAAGUAACACGAGGUUUAUGGAAGAAAUAUGGAGACAGAAGAGUUAUAGACACACCAAUUACAGAAAUUGGUUUUGCUGGUAUUGCUGUUGGUGCAGCAUUUGCUGGACUCAAACCAAUUUGUGAAUUUAUGACAUUUAAUUUCUCCAUGCAGGCUAUUGACCAUAUUAUUAACUCAGCAGCAAAAACAUUCUACAUGUCGGCGGGUGGAGUACCAGUUUCAAUUGUAUUCCGAGGUCCCAAUGGUGCUGCGGCAGGAGUUGCAGCACAACACUCACAGUGCUUUGGUGCCUGGUACAGCCAUUGUCCUGGACUUAAAGUUAUCAUGCCUUACUCUUCUGAAGAUGCAAAAGGUCUCCUAAAAGCAGCCAUUCGCGACCCAGACCCAGUAGUAUUUUUGGAAGAUGAAAUCAUGUAUGGACUACAGUUCCCAAUGUCAGAUGAGGCACUAUCUUCUGACUUUGUGUUGCCUAUAGGAAAAGCGAAAAUAGAGCGCGAAGGAUCGCACAUAACAUUAGUUUGUGCGGGCAGAGCGACUGAAACAGCGUUGCAGGCGGCCAACGAACUUGCUGGAAAAGGUAUUGAGUGUGAAGUUAUCAACCUACGUACUAUCAGGCCAUUGGACAUCGACACUAUUGCCAGAUCUAUUUCCAAGACUCACCAUCUCAUUACUGUUGAACAAGGAUGGCCUCAGUCAGGCAUCGGUGCAGAGAUAUGCGCUCGCAUAAUGGAAUCGCCCGCAUUCUUCGAACUAGACGCCCCUGUAUGGCGUGUGACGGGCGCAGACGUUCCAAUGCCGUACGCGCGUUCGUUGGAAACGCUCGCUUUGCCACGACCUCCGGAUGUAGUUGCCGCUGCUAGUGCCGUAUUAGCUAAUCAGAUUGCAAGUGAAGCUGCGAAUUAGAAUGCUUAGGAAUCUCUUGCGCAGACGAAGUGUACAUAAAUUAUAUUUAUUUGAAUAUGUUGACGAGCGGAAUGUGAUUAUUAGGUGAAAUUAUAUUAUUAUUACUAAA